AUGGCUCAAUGCAUCCGACGCAUGUCAACUCGAGACAACCAGACCAGUUGGGAAGUGCACAACACACUCUUCGUGACAAUGUCUCGAGAAAUGGGAAAGGCGGCAGCGUCCGCUGCGAACGCCAUCGCUGUGUCCAAGAAAUAUACUGUCCAGUCAACGGGUAUCUGGGAGAGGGUGCGACGAGUUCUCGCUGUUGACCCUAACCGGUCGACCGGUGUCCCUCUCAACCCUCAAUUCCGACUUCCCACCCCGGGCGCUCUACCACCACUAUCUUACGAUGACCCCGUCACCCUCCCCGCGGCCGAUAUUGCCGACAACCCUUACUGGAAACGAGAUGCCAGAAGAAACUACGCACGACAAAGUGUUGUCAACCAGGGCGACGCGGCCGGAUUGCUCACUGUGGGAAGCCAAGCCGCUCCGAAAGAAAACGCCCUCCAGGCUGGUGAAGCCGGCGAGAAGCAGUUGGUCAGCCUGAAGCAGGAAGGAGAGGAGCGCGGUCUUGCUGCAGCUUUUGCAAAGGACAAGAGCACCAUCCAGGGCGUCCUGGGACCGGACGGUCUUCCGCCACUUCCAGCCAAGCUCAACUCGUCAUCAUACAAACUUGGCUCUGGUGAAGGAUACCCAGAACAGUACGUGCCUCCAGAGUCUCUUUUAUCUAACAUGACAAUGGUCACUGACACCCAGUGGUAG